AUGACCAACACUACUAGGCUUUUCCACGGUCUCAACUUUGUGAUUGUCACAAACAACAAGGAGGACUUUUCGGUGGAUGCCAUUGCAGCCCGUUUGAAGACCAAUGGUGCCAAUAAGUGUGUUGUGUACAACACCAAAGCGGAGUCAUCGGAUUGGCACGAUUUGAACCAGGCUAAACAAGAAAUGUGUCGCCGAUUCGAUCAUGACGUGCACGCUAUUAUCUCAAUCACCUCCAAGUUCUGGUUCUAUCGCGUGGCAGCUUUUGAUUUCUUGAUCCCAGUGGUGACUCCAGACUGGGUCCAGGCCUGUGUGUCCACCAAAAGAAUCACUAGAGCCAGUGGAUUUUCCCCGGAUCCCGCUUACGUUCUUAAGAACUGCCAGAUAUACAUCUCACGCCAUUCCUUCAAUUCCAGUGAAUAUGAACUGUACUCUGCUCUUCUGCGAUCUGUGGGUGCGCUCUGCAUAGACUAUUUGUCCAGUAAAGCCAGUCACAUACUCACUAAAGAUGCUCAGGAUCCAGCUAUUGCAGCUGUGGCUAAUAUUGAGGGCCUUAACAUCAAAUAUGUAUUACCAACCUGGGCGGUCCAAAUAUUCAUGACGGGAAAAUACAUCAAUGAGGAAGGCCAUAUUUUAGACCCCAAAAGUCGCCCAGCUGAUGUACAAACACAACUGUCCAACUCAUGGAAACGUAUGGAAACUGUUGGGUUUCAGCCAACUGUCAGGUUCUUACAAAAUCAUAAAAUUUUCCUGUCGCUAGAUCUAACUCUGCCGUCGCAGUCUUAUAAUUUCUUGAUCGACCUGAUCCAAGCUGCUGGUGGAGAUGUUGUUCGCCACAUACAAGCUAAGGACAUACGAUACAGCUCUGGAGAUUGUUUUGUGGGUCAGUCAUGGAAUUCAGAAGAGUGUCAUGAAGCCAGUAGGGAGAAUUUAUACAUUGGUAAUAUCUUAUGGAUAUUGCAAAUGUGGUCAUUGGGCAGCUUCGUCAAUCCCAGUGAGAAGCUGCUACUUUCUCCGCUGCGACCACGGGUUUUCAAAAAGGAUGAGCUCAUUCUUGGCUACACCACUUACCUAGGACAACAACGAAAUUAUAUCCAGAAACUAGUCGACGCACUUGGCGGUGUCAGUACCACAGAAUUUACGAAGAAAAAUACGCACCUGUUGACGUGCUUUCCUUUCGGACAGAAGUACGAGGCUGCAAUAAGAUGGAAGGAUUCAUGCAAAAUUGUUAAUCACCUCUGGCUCGAGGAUUGUUACCGAUACCAAAAACAAAUGUCAGUUGAUGAUACUAAAUACACAGAGCUCCCGGUUCAUGGCGGCCUUUCGGCGCGCUUAGGGCAGAUGCCUUUGUCAACUCCAACGCAUGAUACAUUUGAUGACGACCCAGCAGAUACCAUUAUACCCCAAGAGCUGAUUACCGACGGUUCAUUUAAGGAGCCCUUCUCACCAGAAGAAUAUCACAAUACCGCCUUGGAGAUGGAUGCUCCGGUCGACACAGAGGACCAUGCUAUAAGCGUCAUCAAUGCCAAAGAUACAACUGAUCUUUCGAAUGGAACGCACCGAGAGCGCACACCGGAAACAGAUCACUCCGAGAUAUUCCAAAUACAGCAUGACUCUGAUGUCAUAUCAGAGCUCCCAGCAUCGAAACCGGUCGACGCUAUCGUCACGAUAGCACAAAGUGAUGUUGAGGCGAGGAGAGGCCACAGCGAGCAAGAAAGAACAUCAACGCCUGAAGUGGAUCUGGAGAUUGAAGGUCCGAAUUCACCGGUUGGAGAGCAGUCACCACUAUUAGCUGGGUCUGUCGAUGCCACGCAAUCGCGACAAGGCGUAAGUUCUUCGUUAGCAUCAGAAAUGCAGUCACAGCUACCCUCCAGCACCAAUUCCCGCCGAGCGAAGGAAAAGGCUGUGAUGAAGCUCCACACAGAUAUGGAAGCCCUGAACGAGUUUCAGCAAAACCUGAAAAGAAAAAAAAGCGGGUCUCUUCUGCCCGAAGAACUGCAAAGACUCAAGCAAUUGAAGGUAAUGGAGGACAGAGUGCGACAUUUAUUAGAGAAUGCAGACACCCCAGAAAAGCCCAAAGGAAGAGGCAAGCGGCCCUACGAUAUUGUGGCAGUUUGCACAGGUUGUCACGAGGCGAUUGAUGACUUGGACUUGGAGCUACUGAAAAUGCUUGGUAUCACAAUCGCCAAUACCAUAACCCCUCAAUGCAAUACGAUCAUUGCCCCAAAGAAGCUCAGAACACCCAAGUUCUUGACAAGUUUGAGUUUUCACCCGCUGAAGUACGCGCUUCUUCCCGAGUUUUUAACAUCGGUCAUAACACUUGCUCGGGAUGGCACCAGCGGGCAUAAACUUCCCGAAACCGAUCACUAUGUUAUUCCCGACCUAGGCAAAGAGAUUUUAGAAAGGACGCAUUUGCAAACAAAGGUAUUCCAAAGGGCCGGGAUCGUUUCCAUCAAUGUCACUGAUGAUGUGCCAGGAGGCCAAGACGUACUCUCAUCAAUUUUGAUGGCACACGGCGUGCAGGAUGUACACGUCUUACCCAAAAAAUUCGCAGCAGAGGAUAUUCAUGCGAACAUCAACAAGAAGAAGAGUCCCACGCAUAUUUUAGUUGCACAAAAGGCAACGCAAGCCAAAAGAUUUAGCAAGCUUUGCGCGGAACUUCAAGGUGAGAAACAAGUUAUGGUUGUCGAAUGGAACUGGUGCGUUGAUAGUAUCUUCAAACUUGACGCCGAUUUUGGCUCGUCCAAAUAUGUUGUUUGCAGAAGCUAA